AUGAAGGUUCUCAGCAAAGAGGAGGAGGAGGAGCACUACAAGGUCGUCGUCAAGGGCGGCCUCAUCGGCGGCACCCUCGGUCUCGGCGUCGGUCUCGCGGGCGUCAUGCUCGCAUCCAGGCGCUACCAGGCCUUCCGCUCGUUGACCCUCCCCUUCCGCUCCUUCCUCGUCACCUCGUCGGCGACCUUUGGCGCAAUCGUCCAGGCCGACCGCGCCUCCAUCCUCUUCGGCAAGGAGAAGGACCCCAUGUUCGGCUACCAGGACGCGACGGCGCGGGCCGUCGCCGAGGCCAGGGCCAACGAGACGACGAUGCAGAAGUUCGUGGCGUGGGGCCGCGAGAACAGGUACUCCAUCGUCUUCACCUCCUGGCUCGCCUCCAUGGGCGUCGCCUUCGCCCUCGUCAACCGCAACAAGUACCUCUCCGGCGCCCAGAAGCUCGUCCAGGCCCGUGUCUACGCCCAGGGCCUCGCCGUCGUCAUGCUCGUCGUCACCGCCGCCUUCGAGAUGAACGACGCCAAGACCGGCUCCGGCCGCUGGGAGACCGUCAUGAUCAUCGACCCCGAGGACCCGGAGCACAAGCACCUCAUCGAGAAGAAGAUCCACAAGGAGGAGUACGAGGGUCAGGACCUGUGGAAGGACAUGGUCGCUGCCGAGGAGCGUCGCAUCGCCGCUCGCAAGGCUGCCGAGCAGAAGUAA